AAGUAUUCUAAAUCAGGAUGUCUGCACAGUCAGUGGAAGAAGAUUCUAUACUUAUCAUCCCAACUCCAGAUGAAGAGGAAAAAAUUCUGAGAGUGAAGUUGGAGGAGGAUCCUGAUGGUGAAGAGGGAUCAAGUAUCCCCUGGACAUCACUUGACCCAGAGGUUUUCCGACAGCGAUUCAGGCAGUUUGGAUACCAGGAUUCACCUGGGCCCCGUGAAGCUGUGAGCCAGCUUCAAGAACUUUGCCAUCUAUGGCUCAGGCCAGAGACACACACAAAAGAACAAAUCUUGGAGCUGGUAGUGCUAGAGCAGUUCAUUGCCAUCCUACCCAAGGAGCUGCAAACUUGGGUUCCAGAGCAUCAUCCAGAGAAUGGAGAGGAGGCAGUGACGGUGCUAGAGGAUUUAGACAGUGAACUAGAUGACCCCGGACAGCCGGCUUCUCUCCGCCGAUGAAAACGGAAAGUGCUGAUAGAAGAGAUUGUAUCUCAAGAAGCAGCUCAGGGAUUAUCAAAUUCUGAGCUUGAUGCUGUGGAAAACCAGCUCAAGUGGGCAUCUUGGGAGCUCCAUUCCCUAUUGCACUGUGAUGAUGAUGCCAGAACUGAAAAUGGAGUGUUGGCUCCAAAGCAGGAGAUUUCUUCAACAGUAGAAUCUCAUGAAAUUCCUGGCACUCUCAAUAUAGGUGUUCCUCAGAUUUUUAAAUAUGGAGAAGCCUGUUUCCCUAAGGGCAGGUUUGAAAGAAAGAGAAAUCCUUCUAGAAAGAAACAACAUAUAUGUGAUGGAUGUGGAAAACACUUCAGUCAGGGCUCAGCCCUUAUUCUUCAUCAAAGAAUCCACAGUGGCGAGAAACCCUACAGAUGUGUUGAAUGUGGAAAGGCAUUCAGCAGAAGUUCUAUCCUUGUGCAACAUCAGAGAGUCCAUACUGGAGAAAAACCUUACAAAUGUCUUGAAUGUGGAAAAGGCUUUAGCCAGAAUUCUGGGCUUAUUAAUCAUCAGAGAAUCCAUACUUGGGAGAAACCUUAUGAAUGUGUUCGGUGUGGGAAAUCCUAUAGUCAGAGCUCAAAUCUUUUUAGACAUCAGCGAAGACACAAUGCAGAAAAAGUUCUGAAUGUUGUGAAAGUUUAAGAAAUUA